CUCGAAAACGAGGCGCUACGGGGGAAAAACAAGACUCGAUCACCACUCGUGUGCCCGGUUGUCAAUAGAUUUUAGUUUCGUUUGUCUUACAAACUUUAUCUCACACAUGCACACAAGCAGCACACGAACCGCAUCAUAAGCCGCACUGUUAGCGUUAACUUGAACAACAAAAAUGCAGCGAAGUUUCUGUACGCGCACACUCUCGUGAUCCAGAGAAUACGGCACGUGGCACCGCGCACAAGUGGCAAGUCGCCCGCCACGCACGCGCGCCGUGCCGAGUUCACUUCUUAUUUUUGCCCUUUUUAGUUGCGUUUUAAAUGCAUGCAGGGAGCAAACAAAGGCGAUUUAUCAUCGAUUAAGGACGAGGCAAAAUCGCAAUGAGUGCCGUCAUGCGCCGCUCGUUGUUCGACGCGCGCCGUCUCUAUCGCCGACAGCUCCGAGGCCUCGGUCUUUUGGAAACGCGGAAGGACGUCGAGAGAUUUUCAUCCACCCAUCCAGAGAGUGGCGUAGAGGUUACGCCGAUGCUGAAGCAUUUGGUAUCCAAAAUCAAGGCCACUGGACCCAUAUCGACAGCGGAAUACAUGCGAGAGGUCCUCACCAACCCCGCAAAGGGAUACUAUAUCCACCACGACAUGCUUGGAGAGCGUGGCGAUUUUGUUACAUCUCCAGAGAUCAGCCAGAUAUUUGGAGAGCUGGUGGCAGUGUGGUGCGUGAGCGAGUGGGUGGUUGCUGGGAGGCCCCCUUCUCUUCGUCUGGUGGAGCUUGGCCCAGGACGUGGCAGCCUGGCCAGUGAUAUGCUCCGGGUGGUGGAGCAGUUGAGGCAAGUUCUGGACAAAACGGAGGUGGCUCUGAACUUGGUGGAAGUGAGCUCCACAUUGAGCGAGGUCCAAGAGCAGGUUCUCAUCGGCACGACGCAAGAUCAGCAGACGAACCUGGAUUCCCACACGCAAAGGGAAUCUUCCACCUACAAACAACGUGUAACGCGGAGUGGAAUUCCAGUCUGCUGGCAUCGGAAUCUGCAAGAUGUGCCAGAAGGCUUCACUUUCUUUGUGGCACAUGAAUUCUUUGAUGCAUUGCCCAUCCAUACGUUCAAGAAAACGGAGCGCGGCUGGAGGGAGGUGAUGGUCGACAUUGAUCCGGAGUUGCCUUUUGGGUUGAGGUUUGUGAUGGCUCCGACUCCCAGCUUGGCCUCGAGUGCUCUUGUUCAGGCCGGGGAGGUGCGGGAGCACGUGGAAGUGUGCCCGGAGGCCGCGGUGCUCGUGGCGAACCUGGCCAAGCGCGUGGCCGCACACGGCGGGGGGGCGCUCAUCGCCGAUUAUGGGCACGAGGGCACCGGCACCGACACCUUCCGGGGCUUCCGUGGCCACAAACCGCACCACGUGCUUUGCGCCCCAGGGUUGGCUGACCUGACGGCCGACGUCGACUUUGCAUACCUGCGUCGCGCCGGCGAGGGCCACGAUGUGACCUGCCUGGGGCCAAUCGCCCAGCGAGAUUUUCUUCAAAACAUGGGCAUCGACCUGCGCUUGAAGAUUCUGCUGCGAAACGCGGGUGACCCGGAGACUCGGCAACGAUUGCUGGCCGGCUACGAAAUGCUGAUGAGCCCGGAGAAGAUGGGCACGCGAUUCAAGUUCUUCUCCUUGGUUCCGAGUGCACGAUUGUUACCCGGCCCGACUCAGGAAUCUACAAAGAGCCCAGCGCCACCACCCGUGCCAGGUUUCAGUGAACUCGUCAUGAAAUGACCUGCAAAAGUCCUGUUUGCAUUUGCACAUCUUCUGUAACUACCGUGUUUUACAACCAGCCCACCACUGGAUGGAGGCCUCCCUAUGACUUUCACUUAUGGAGGUUUGGCACUUAUUCGUAGCGUGGUGGUGUAUGUCUGUAAUCCUAGACUGUAGAGGUAAGUGUUCGUGGAUCACACAAACAUUGUGAAACUCCCUUGUGGACUCCCACCUAUUUAAAUGUGGACCCCACCUAUUCAGGCUGUAAGGGAUAGUGUGUUGUCAUCUUCCAUGCGUGGGGUUUCUCCGGUUGCUCUGGUUUACUCCCACAUGUAAACACUGAUUGACUGAAAAAAUCUUAACAUAUGGAGAACCGCAGAGCGUAGGCAAUUGUUGGCACUGGCUGGGCGUGUGGCUGUCUUACUUGUCACUGAUAUUAGGCAUGGCUGGGAAUCAAACUCGGGUCGCCAAGUUAAUAGCAGCACCACUUGACUCAGACUUCCCUUUAUGUGAAACCAUCAAAUAGAGUAAAACUAUAACAUUUAAAAAUGUACAGUGCAAAUGUAAAGGAGUGGAAGGUCACUUCCAAAGAUUAACAUAAGUUGCACUGCUCUGUUAUUUAUUUUAGUGUUUGAUAACGAGAACACAAAAAACCUGCUUUUAAAACCACUCGACAACUGACGUGUUAUUCUGAUUUGUUCAAACACAGUGCGUUUAAAGUUUAAAGCAGCGCACAAUCAUGUGUCCAAAGCGCAAGCCUCUGUGCAUUUUGCUAAAAUAUUCAGCAUUUCUUGAAGAAGUGCAUUUUGGUCCUCUUGCCUUAGGUCACCAUCGAAAUUAAUUUGAGUAAAUGUGACCACUUUGGACCUGGUUACCUCCAUACGACUGUUCGGGGAAUUCUGUGUUCCAACCUGCGCUAUUAUUCUCUUAUAUGAUGGGAUUUUCUCAUCAUGUACAGAUUUUAUUCAUGUCACACUUGCAUAACUUUUACCGAGGCCUCCGUUUCACGUAACUUGCAGCCUCAAAAUUUGACGGCGUUGUGAAACGUGAACUCUGGAGAAACUUAAGAAAUAAACGAGUAACAAUAAAUACUGAUCGUGUUUUUUUUAUGUGUUUGGUAGAAGAGGACUUCGAUAGAGAUAUAUUUUCAAUUGAAGCUGGAAUUGGCAUGGACUUCAUUCCUAAAUUGGCAACAACACAGGCAACAAAAUACAGCAUAGCCUAAUCCGUUUAAACUGCAAAGAGCUCAUUAUUAUAAUUCUAGUACAACUUGUGCUUAAGUACACCUAUAUAUCGAUUGUUGUGCUUCUGGUACAACUGCAUGUCAAUGCAAUGUGAUUACACCAAUGGUAUCGGGAAAACGUACACAAUUCAGGGCCAGUCUUUUUUGUACAUUAUGUUUGAAAUGUAAUUCUUUGAAUUUUUAGGCAGUUGUGUGCACGCAUGUGUACGUCACGUGGCGAGGUUGGAAUUGUUUACAGAGAACCUACGGGUACAAUCCUGAUGUUAGGCCCAACGUAUUGCCAUGUGUAGCUAAACACCACGGCGAUAAUCGUUAAUUAAAAAAAAUUGCUGAGGACAUCCGGUGUCGGAUGAGGUCUUGUGGAUGCCUGCCUCGAUAACCAUUCUAUGUAUCUCUAUCACACCACCUUUUGUGAGGGGUGUCAACGGUUUUCCCUCCCUCCCAGCAAUGUGGGGAAUUGUCGCAGUUCAGCGUCAUGAUUUGAUCGACGAAUUCAAUGUUUUGCUAUCUCGCUUUUUGUCUCGUGUGUUCAUGUCGCUUUCAUGAGCGCAUUUGUAAGGGCAGGACCACCGCACGCAAUUUUCAAAUAUCUUAGACGAUCAAUUCUUGCACGUGUGCGAUUCGAUGCCGUGUACCGUGAGCCUUCACGAACCGCGUUGACCCUGCGAUGGGGCAGCGUGGUAAUUCAAUCCCCAUGGCCAGCACGGCAUGGGGAGGGAGCCCUACAUAGUCUCAAAUUGACGAAGCUUGGAAAAAAAUUGCGAGCCUUAAGAACUGAUAUCAAUUGACGAAUCCACGCAUCACCACGCCCUCUGCUUGACACUGAUCGGUGUAACAACCAUUCACCAAGUUAUCCUGCAGGUGGCACCAAGCCAAAGCCCUCACUGUAGGGAGAAAAUGUCAAAAGCACAUUUAUCCUUGAUUUGCAAUGGCACUGCAAGCUUUAUUUUUUUUACUGGCAUCUCACACAUGAGUUUCAAAUGGCAGUAUCCAGUUCAGCAGAGGUAUGUUAAACAAGCAUCGUAAUUAAUCUCAACAGUGGUAUUGCAUCAUUUUCUUAUAAGUGUAACAAAUGAGAAAAAAACAGGAACAACUUAGCAAAGUCGAAACCUGUAGUUCGGAUGCAUCUUGUCCCACUCACCGAUGUUCAAUAGCAUGACCCACUUUCAAACAUAUUGCUUGCUUAUCACAGUAGUUUUGCUGUGAGUGGACAUUUUUUUUUAGAAAGUAGGGCAGCCAUGAUCAAUACAGGUGACAUCGUUAAUCUCAACAGUUGUGUUGCAUCUUUUGUGUGAAAAGUUAAAAAGAAAGGACUCGAAUGGCCGUUCGUGAAGUCAAAGCCCGUUUUAUGUGGCAGCUUGUCCAAUCCAACUUGUCGAUGCUCAAUAACGAUGACCUAGUUUGGAACGUAUUGCUCGAUUUUAAAUGUGUGUUGCUGCACAGCAGUGGGUAAUUCUAAGAAGGGGGACAUCUGUGAGCAAUCAUCCAGAAGUGAAAUGGUGUUGCCGUGGAGAUUUCGUGUUUGGUAUCGGACACGUUCAAGAUUAUGGACCACACACUCAAUUAUUUAAAAUCAUUAUUCAUUAAAGACAGACACGUAAUUGAGAUUUUUUUCGAUAGAUUAUUUUUUAAUGUAUUUUAAGUUCAAAUGUGGAAUGCUUUCAUCUCUGUCCAAAUUAAUUCAUUGUUCCUUAAACUCUGUCCGUGUCUCCAGAUCCAAUUUCUGUGGUUCCAUUGUAACACAGGUCUGCACUGUGAGACUGAAACAAACUUUCUCUCUCGUGAUCCAAUAUAUUGUUGCGAUUCUGGGUCACGUUUUUGUUCAAGACAUGGUUCCCGUAUUAACAUUGUUAAUGUUAUGAUCGUUAAUGGUUGGAAAGUAUCACAUGAACCUAUUACACAUGAUAUUAAUCACAAUCAUUGUUUUUCACACAAUCAAUUUGAUGCAUGUAUCGUACAUUUAAGAACAGAUUCAAUAAUAAUUCACUUAAUUGUUGAACUCUUAGUGUGCUAUAUUGUGAAUUAUUGGCUUGUGUGUGAAAAAAUAAAACAUGAAAAUGAGAAUUUAAGUUA